GCGAAAAGAAGAUGACAACAAAUCUCUCUGGAACUUUCUUCGCCAGCGCCUUAUAUCAUUACUUAUCUCUCUUUCUUCCACCUGACACUGGACAAACAUUGUAACUAAGAACACUUACACUUCCCCCAAAACAUUCUCAGUUCCUUUUUCCUACAAAAACUGAAAUUUAGAACAGAACUUCGAUAAUGAACUGAACACAAUAUUGGUAGUUUUAUUACAGAACCAAAAUUGAAGAGAAGGAAACAAGAAAUGGAAGGGGUGGUAAAUAAAGAAGAGGAAUCGGUGACGUUUGCAGCUGGAACAGCAGGCUUGUCAUCAUCUUCAUCAUCAUCUUCUUCUUCAUAUGUUACUCCACAGCCAAUGGAAGGGCUUAACGAGGUUGGUCCACCGCCGUUCUUGACCAAGACUUUUGAAAUGGUGGAAGAUCCUUCGACGGACUUGGUGGUUUCAUGGAGUAGAGCUCGUAAUAGCUUCAUUAUUUGGGAUUCUCAUAACUUCUCGACUACUGUGCUUCCUAGGUACUUCAGGCACAGCAAUUUCUCCAGCUUCAUUCGCCAGCUCAAUACAUAUGGUUUUAGGAAAAUUGAUCCAGACCGUUGGGAAUUUGCCAAUGAAGGAUUUCUGGGAGGGCAAAAGCACUUACUGAAAACGAUCAAGAGGAGAAGAAAUAUCUCGAAAAUUUCACAACAGCAAGGAGGAGGAGCUUGUGUUGAGUUAGGACAAUUUGGACUAGAUGGAGAGCUUGAUAGAUUGAAGAGAGAUCGAAGUGUUUUACAAGCAGAAAUCGUGCGACUAAGGCGACAACAGCAGCAUUCAAGAGACCAAAUUGUUGCAAUGGAGGAUAGGUUACAAAGAACAGAGAGGAAGCAACAGCAGCUAAUGACAUUCUUUGCCAAGGCUCUUCGCAACCCGACCUUUAUCCAGCAAUUUGCACAGAAAAAACAGAUGCAAGGUGUUGAAAUUGGGAGAAAAAGGAGACUAACAGCUAGCCCGAGCAUAGAGAAUUUGCAAGAAGAAGCAAUUCCCGUGGUACUUGAUACUGACCAAGUUGUUGAUUACACCAAUCAGGAGCAAGAAGAAUUGGCAACCAUGGAUUCUGAUAUAGAGACAUUUUUCACUUCUGCAUUGAACAAUGAAUCAAGCUGUGAAAUCAAGGAUACGAUAACAAGUUCAUUGCCCACAUCAAGUGAAGCUAAUUUGGUUGUUAAUAAUACACUAUGGGAGGAGUUAAACAGCGAAGACCUAAUAGUUGGUGAACCAAAUGAGGACGUUUUGGUGGGUUAUGAGGCUGAAGUUGAUGUGGAGGUAAACCCUGCUGAUUGGGCUGAUGAUUUGCAGGACCUUGUGGAUCAGAUGGGUUAUCUCAGGUCAAAGCCAUGACCAAACAGAUUAAUCCCAAUUUAGGAUUAAUUUUGUUGUUCUAGGCUCGAGUUGGUCUCUAUGACACCAUUCUGGUUUUCUAAAGCUGCAGCGAAUGGUGAAAGUUACUAAGAGGCCAGCAGAUGUUCCUGUUAUUCCGUAUCCUUUAUUUCUUUUUGGUUCUUUUCUAAUUCACUUUGGAAUUUUAUUUACUAGUUACACGAUAUUUGUUAUUUCUUGUGGCAAAUUUUUGCAGGCAGCGGAGUAACCAAAGAGAUUUAUGAGGAACCCUUUCAAUCCAAUUCUUCCAAGGGCUUCUACUUCCAGAUUUUUGGUACCACUGUUUAUAUAUGUUUGCUCUUUCAGUUUCCUUGUUAAGUUCUCAUUAAUUUAUGUAAACAUCAGUUGCAAUCCAUAAGU